AUGGGUCUCUGGCGACCUGAAGAUGGGGCCGUACUGAGCGUUUCCAGCGUGCUUGCCUCCGUCACUUUGGGCUCCAUCGCCUUCCCAGUGGUCUGCAGCAUCCUCAAACUGUGCGUGGAUCCUCCUCAGCCCCUGGAGGAAGUCACGCUCUGCGGCUUCGUCGCUUGCAUGGAUUUCGGAUUUCUAAUCAAGGCUGCUCUCUUCAUUAAACAAGGAGCCACGAUGCAUCAACUCGUCCGGCUGUUAUGGGAAACCAGAGGAAGAUACAGCAAUGGAUUAAACAACGAGAAGACUCGCGCCCGCUAUGAGAAACUGGUGGGCCGUUUGUACGUUUACAUGCAGAUGGUGGUGGUGCCGGCGCUGCUCUGCUGGGUCUCGUCGCCACUGCUGUCCCAAGUUUUCCUCACCUCCAGAGAGGACGCUCCAGACGGUUCCAGACAGCUUCCCGUGCACGUCUGGCUGCCGGCCGAUGUGAAUCGCUCGCCAACUUAUGAGAUUCUGUAUGUAGCGCAGUCGUUCAGCCUGAUGGUGUUGUCUCAGGCCACUGUAUGCAUGGACGUUUUCUUUGUGCACCUCAUGCUCAUGGUUGCAGCUGAGCUGGAAGUCUUAAAUGACAACAUUUCAGCUAUGGAACAAGGACAGCUGCAGCGUGGUAGAUCCAGAUAUGAUGGUACUACCAUGACUGACGAUCAAAACAUUGAUGAACGUGAAUUUAUCAGAGGUGAUCGUCUCCAAGAUGUUGCUCUAACGUCAUCACUACGUGCCGAGGAUAAACAUACGUAUGCAGAACUUGUGAAGAACGUUCACCAUCAUCAGCAAGUUCUGAGGUUAGUACUGCUGGCAUCUCCUGCACUAUAUACAGGGUGA